CUAACUCCCAUAGUUCCCAUUAGAUUAUACCGCACAGGCUCAGAGUCCAUAUGCCCGGAGUGGGUGGCUACAUUGUGUCUAUUGUAUGGGUUGAUUUUUGUUUUGUUUUGUUUUUUGGGGCUGGCAUUUUGUACAUCACGGGAGGUUUAAAUUGGAGUGAAAAGCAUGGCUGAUGAGCAAGAAAUCAUGUGCAAACUGGAGAGCAUCAAAGAGAUCAGGAAUAAGACUUUGCAGAUGGAAAAGAUUAAGGCACGCCUGAAGGCAGAGUUUGAAGCCCUGGAAUCGGAGGAGAGGCACCUGAAGGAAUACAAGCAGGAGAUGGAUCUUCUGCUGCAGGAAAAGAUGGCCCACGUGGAGGAGCUGCGGCUGAUCCAUGCUGACAUAAAUGUGAUGGAGAACACCAUCAAACAGUCUGAGAAUGACCUCAAUAAGCUCUUGGAGUCCACUCGACGCCUGCAUGAAGAGUACAAGCCCUUGAAGGAGCACGUAGAUGCCCUGCGGAUGACUCUGGGCUUGCAGAGGCUGCCAGAUCUAUGUGAGGAGGAAGAGAAACUCUCUCUUGAUUACUUUGAAAAGCAAAAAGCUGAAUGGCAGACAGAACCACAAGAACCACCCAUUCCAGAAUCUCUGGCUGCAGCUGCAGCUGCUGCCCAACAGCUACAAGUGGCUAGGAAACAGGACACCAGACAGACAGCAACUUUCAGACAACAGCCACCUCCAAUGAAGGCCUGUUUAUCAUGUCACCAGCAAAUUCAUCGGAACGCACCGAUAUGUCCACUCUGCAAAGCAAAAAGCCGGUCUCGGAAUCCCAAAAAACCCAAGAGGAAACAGGAUGAGUGAAACACAGAAAAUCCAUGGAGAAAACAUGUGACCCAUCCUAAUCCCUUUCCAGUAGAACUGUAAACGUGGCCAGUUUAUUGAAGUGCAGACUUAAGUAUGACUUACCCAUUGUUUUCUAGUUAAUGUGACGUAAGCACAAUGUUUCUGUUCCGUCUUAAUUUCCAUCCAGUCCUCACAUUUUGGUUUUAGGAGAAGUGUUGAUGGUGCUACACUUUAACAUUUUAGUCAUUCCAUCUUUCUGACUCCUAAGCCAAGUGGAACUUCUAAUGCAAGUAGUCUGAAUGCCGAUGACCACUUUGUAUGAUCCCUCCUGUGAAGAUAUAUUUGAGGAUACAUGUUUCAUAGUUAAAUAUGUUAGACCUAAGGUACCUGUACUGUACUUGCCAAAAUGUCUCUGUGUUUUUCUAUCUCUACACUGUUUGCCAUACAGUAUCUUUUGCUAAAAAGCAGGCACUGUCUAUAAAACCAGAAUAUUCUUAAUGAUCAAGUGUUACUACAGCAAGUUGGGGUUGUUGUUUUUUGGGGUUUUUUUGAGAGAAAGAGAGAUGUUGCUAAAAGAUUACUCUAAUUUUCUCCUAACAGAAACCCACUUGAGGCACAGAAGUAGCUGAAUAUCCAUUUGCUAUGUUAAAGACCCAUGCCUUGUCCUAACCAGCAAGAUUACAUGGGCUAGAUAUAGAGUAAAACUCAGCGUAUCCAAGGAUUUGGGGGUAUAUCUGAAAUGACCAGGAAAAAUAGGGAUAUGGGCGCAUGGGAGAUCAACAUAUAGUUCAGUUUUAUGGGGUUUGAUUGUAUGGUUCCUACAGAAAUGGAUUAAAAUUUGGGAAGGGGAUCAAGCCGUUGUAUCCAUAUUAAUAUUAAAUAAUGUCUAGCAUCUUAAUUAGGCCAUUUUCAGCAAUCGUAAGACUGACUUCAAUUCAAUUAAGAACUAACUAAGGCCUUAUUAUUCUUUUCAAUAACACUUGAGAUUACAGAAGGAGGGAGCCCCUUCCCUAGGUUUUUAUCCUCCCCUCUCCCUUGCCCCAAUCCUUCAUCCAUACUUGUGCUGGAGUGGUUGUAUUAAGGCAGAGGUUCCCAAACUGUGGGACAUCCCCCCCAGGGGGGCAUGGAGAAACUUUCAGGUUUGGGGGGGCCCAGGCCAACCCCCAUGGAGAGCGGAGAGGGAGGGAUAUCCAGCCCCGCUCUGCCCCCAGCUCCGCUCCAGCCCCAGCCUGGGCCCCUGGCUCCUGAUCCUGAACACAGCUCCACUCCUGGCCCUGACCCAUCUCCCGACCACAGCUCCUUGGGGUGGGGUGGGGUGGAGAAUAGAUUCCAUUACUGGUAAGGGGAGGCGUGACAAAAAAGGUUAGGGGACCACUGUAUUACAGAUUUUUGUUUGGUAGUUAAAAAAACACAGAAUAAGCCACACCCUGGCCUCUGGUGAGGAGACUGUACCUGCUGCUGGGGACCAUACAAGCCCACUUAAAAA